AGGAUCCCUCAUUGCAAAGAACAUAAAAACAGAAGGAUAAAAAGCACACAGAGGCCAAAAAGAAAUCAAUAUAUAUGAAUUAAUCCAUGGUUCUCCGAGACCCAAAUGAAAAAGUGCUCAGGGCAGGAAAAUGCCUUCGGCGGCCAGCAUCCGACACGUAGGUAGAGUCCGAUGUAGCAAUAAUAAUGAAAUAAAAGGAUAUUUUUUUGCCAAAAGGAACAUGCUAGUGAUGUCCCGUCCUGCUCUUCUCGUGCGGCAGAAAGUGCACCAUUCUCCUCCAUCAUAUUUCCUUAUCAAGUAGUAAAACAUACUUGAUUAUAUCGUUUUGAUGGAUGGAUGGAAAGGACCAUCGCUAGGUAUCGGAGUGAAGCCGGCCUGUCUGGACCAAAUGACUCACACACUAGAUCCUUGGAGUUUUGGAGACGUGAGAUUGAAGAGUUACAGAAAACUAUAAAUGAAACGGAAGCACAGCUUAGGCACUGUAUAGGAGAAGAUAUAGAAAUGUUGGGGAUGAAAGAGUUGAAGCAGCUAGAACGACAAUUAAAGACAGGAGUUGAACGUGUCCGCUCUAAGAAGUUACGCAUCGCCGCAGAGCAAGUCAACUGGUUGAAAGGAAAGCAAAGAUCCAUUCAAGAGGAGAAUGCUCGUCUUAAGAAAAGAUUGCAUGAGCUGCAUGAUGGCAACAUAAGCUCGAGGAUUUGGGAACCAACUGCACGUAAAGCGAUUCAGCUGAGGACGAUUGAUGAUGGAUCCCACCAUUAAAGAGUCGCUAAUUAAUUGGUGCUGUAAAAGAAGCUACACUCUUCGAAAAGAACCUCAUAUCAUAUCAUAUGUGGUCGUGUGUACGUACGUACGUGGUGAUAAUAAAUCGAUCUCCUCCUUGUUUGUCCAAAGCUUUCGAGGUCGAUGCCGUUUGGCACUCUACUAUAUUGCUUUCUUUCAACUUGAUAUGUGUGAUGUGUUUCCAUAAAAACCC